GGAGCCCAGGAGGAAAACAGUGUCAGCAGCAGCAGGAGACAAACGGAGAGGGCUGAAGUUGGGAUUGCGCUUCCUUUUGUCACCGCUUCCCAUGACUUACUUCCCCAGUGCAACCUGUAAAAUCACACUGUGUGUUUUAAUUUUACGUCUGCUAAGUUAAAACUUGGGCAUCGUCUGCAGAAGCUCUCCGAGUCAAGAUGAUGGAGGAGUCGGUGAGCGCCUUUGAGACGCAUCUGACGGCCGUCAUGGACACCCUGAUCCGCGCCUCGGUGUGCGAGAUCAGCAAGCUCUUCCAGGAGACCGUGAACGACUACCUGGUGGAGCUGUCCCUCAACAGGAAGGAGAACGAGGCUCUCAAGCUGCGGCUCAAGCUCACCGAGAGCAAGCUGAGGACGGAGCGCAAGUACGGGAUGGGCUGGGCGGCCAGCCGCCGCAACGCCGGCCUGAACGCAGGCGAGGAGGUCGGAGGGCGGCAGAAGCGGAAAGUUGACGUUGCCCGAGGCAAACUGAAAAAGGUCCCAGCAGCGGUCCACAGCAAAGGAUGGCCUGGAGGUGUGUGGGAGGAAGGAGGAGGAGGAGGAGGUGGUGACGGGGGAGGAGGAGCUGGAGGGGCUUUAGGCUUAGUAACGGGAGCAGGAGGAAGAGGGGGAAAGGAGGCCAGGGAGGCGUACCUCGUCCAGUUCCCCCGGGAUGAGGAAGACGAGGGAGAGAUGGAGGAUGACGAGGACGGGGAGGGCAGCCUCAGCGGCGAGGGGGAGGAGAACGCCAACAUCAAAGAGGAGUUUUCGCAAACAGAGGGCUAUCAGCCUGCUUCUCUGAGGCUCAUAAAGGAGGCGUUGAAGAUGAAUCCGCCCAACCAGAACCUCCUCACUGGCUCCAAACCCCAGAGUGAAGACCUUUCAGAUUGCCCCUCCGCUCUUCAUCAGAAAGUAGAGGAAGAGGAGAACUGGGCACUGAAACGUUCCGAACCAGCAGACGGGGGCAUGACGAUGGACGAGCUUCGAGGCCUGGAGUCUGCACUGAGAGCUGAGAGAGGCCGCGAGCAGGCGUCCAGGACGGCGUCGCAGCAUGAUGCAGAGGUGGUGCAAGGGAGCGAGAGGAGCCUGGCGCCGAAGUACAUCGGACUGGACGGGCUGGAGCAGGAGGGCGAGCUGGAUCUUCCGCCUCCUGCUCUGCAGAGGGAAGAAGCCGGCGUGAAGGAUGCUGCAAGGGCUGGAGGCGUUGAUGGAACGGAGCUGAAGCUAGGCUGGUCGAAGAAGCUGAGAGAAGUCGACUGUGCUGCUAUAACGCCUGCAGAGGGCGCUGUGGAGCAGGCAGAGCCAGAGCAGCUGCCCCAUCCGUCUGCUCCUGGAAGCGUGGAGGAGAGCGGAGAGGAGGAGGGCGGAGGAGAUCUGCUGCACUUCUGUCCACAGUGUGGAGGAGGCUUCACUUCAGAGGCGGAACUAGAUGAGCACCCCUGUCCACUAGGUGGCGCCCACUUGCAGGGCAGCGGGGAAGAGGUGGGCCUCUUCCCCUGUGCCCACUGUGGCAACACCUUCAGCCACGCCUGGGCCCUCAAGAACCAUGAGUGCGCCUGCGCCGCCGAGCGGCCGCACUGCUGCGAGAUCUGCGGGAAACGCUUCACACACUCGCGCUCCCUGGAACGCCACCACCUGGUGCACACGGGCGAGAGACCGCACCGCUGCCCGCAGUGUGGGCGCUGCUUCAGUCGCCUUGGCAACCUGGAGCGGCACCAACGGAUCCACACGGGGGAACGUCCGUACGGCUGCGAGGCCUGCGGGAAACGCUUCAGCCGCGUGGAGUAUUUAAAGAGACACCAGCUGAUACACAGCAGUGAGAAGACACCGCUGCAGUGCUCCAACUGUGGGAGGAGCUUCAUUGAUAUCGAGCAGCUGAAGAACCAUCAGUGCUUCUAGAAACGCCUCAUGAAGAACAGAGAAACUCUGGAGAAAGUUGAAGUUUACGACGGAGUAUCGGGGUCAUUUUAAGGGGGAAAAAAAUGUAUUAUGAGAAUAAAGUCGAAUCAAAUAAUGUGAGGAUAAAGUCAUAAUAUUAUGAGAUAUUUUGAGAAUUACGCCAUAACAAUAUUAGAAUAAAGUUGGAAUGUUAUGAUUUUAUUCUCGUAUUAAUUCCACUUGUACGACUUUAUUCUCGUAAUACUGUGACUUUAUUCUCACAAUAUUAUGACUUUAUUUUUGUAAUAUUCACAUUUUCUUAGUGUGCCCCUAGUACUCCAUCGUAGAAGUUAGCUGAUGAAUGUGACGAUGAUCAUCUUUGAGGUUAAAAGUGCACAUGUGGGUGAUUUUUGCUGGCAAGAAAUCAACACUAAAACUCGUUUUAUUGCAGGAAAAAUAAAGCCUCUGCCAUUUUCUGUGGAAACGUGUAAAACCUGAACUUAUUUAUGAGCAAGACUACAUUGUGAAUUUUUAUUAUUUUUUAGCAAUAAUUCAGUUGUACUAAAGCCCCGUUCUCUUCCUGCCAAUACAACUGACAGUUUUGUAAGCUUUGUAUUUUGUAUCUUUGUGUUUUGCUCUCUGUUACAAAAUUAAACAUUUCGAUUCAUCCUAAA